CCGUCGCGCAGUGCUUCGCGGCCAUCGCCAGCUCCGCCUUUGUCGUCAAGACCGCGGGCCCGGAUUUCAAGCGCCUCGUCCGCUCGCUGAGCACGGUCCAACGCGUUGCCGGAGCACUCGUCGCAGGCGCGCCGCGCGCCGCGGAACAGCCGGCGCGCUGCGACAACCCGCGCGGGGCGAUGGGGGCGCCCCGCAAGAAGCGCCUUCCCCAGAUGGCGUACCUGAUGGCCCUGCGCGAACGGCCCCACCCAGACGCCUUCCACAUCGCGGCCAAGAAACGCGCCCAG